GGGGGGCAUAAACAAAUUGUUUAAUAAAUCCUGGCAGUAGUUUCUACUUAAAUAGAUAACAGCUGAUUAAGAGCGUUGCCAUAUAUUGUUUUCUCACUUUGUGUUUUUCAACACUGAUGUUGCUUUCGCUAAUUUGUCAACACUAGCCAAUCGACAGCUGUUCGCCCAUAAAAAAACAAUAAGACGUGAUUUUUAUAUACACGCAGAUAGGAUUUAGUUUUUUGUAUAUAUAAAAACCAGCAAGCUAAACAAUUACUAUAUGGACUGCUGCGGUGGUGAAGUGCGCAGCGAAAGCAUAUACAACAUGCUGCAGGCUCUAGUCGACUCUAAAGUGAUCAACGUGCAAUUGUUUACGAUUGCUGUGGGCAUUUUCUUUGUGGUGCUGUUGCUGAAAAAUAACUUCCGAAGCUUCUCUGGCACAUAGAAGACGGACAGCAGGCAUCCUGUGACGCUUUUAGUGAUUAAUUUAUGUAAUAAUGUAACGUACGCAAUUUAGUUAAGCAUUAAUAAUAAACAUUUCUCAAAAGCACAUAUAAUUUUUGUUCAUUGUUCUUAUUCUUAGAGAGCGGAGCACCUUGGCAAUAAUGACGUCACACUUUUUGGGCCCAGUCGCUUAUAACAAAGCGAUUUUCAGGGUCAGCGACGUUAUUUGGCUGGCAUACGCCUUAUAUGUACAGGCAUGGUAUAUACCACAUGUACAUAAAAGCAAACAUAAUGCAUACUAAUUGUAUUUGAAGGCUGAUUGAACUGCGAGCUUGUGUAUCUAUUUCAUCAGAGUACUAUGAAUGAAUCACUUACCAUCUGAAGAAAAGAUAAGAUAGACAUUCAAGUGUUGCACGCUGAUUUGGCUAAUUAUACUCGGUACCAAGCCAGAAACGGGUAUGAUGAUUUACGGGUAAACAAAGCAUACAAUCUUCUAAGUAAGAUAUUUCCAAUCAUCAACGUAACGAUUUUUUGGAUUCAAACUUAGGACAUUGCUGUUGUCUUCAUAUUCUGCCAAGUUUUAAGAAUUUCAAAUUAUAUACUUACAAACAUAAUUCUCUAUUCAAUUCAAGAUAUCGUAGAAAUUGUUCGCUGUAAAAUCUGAUAUACUGAUUCAAGUAAAAUUGAGAGGCAACUUCUAACAUAAUCUCCAAAAACUCUUUGAGAUCUGAGAGAUAUAGGAACAUAAGAGGAUGUUUGUAAAUUAAGAUCUGUCAAGUUUCCAAUUAUCAUUUAUAUUAAGAUCAUAUGAAGGUUGUCUUCCCUUUAUUUGCCAACGCCUUUUAGCGUCUAUUGAACUUUUGGCCUAAUUCUUGGGGAUAUUUUCAUAAAAUUCCCAUGGCAUGCAACGACGCACGCUUAAUCAAUUUCAAUUGGCAUUUGGUCUAUGCCACAAAUAACUUCAAUUGACCAGCCAUCGACCAUCGAUUGUUGCACGCACUUCCUGGUGCUGUGGCAUGUUGCAAUGCAAUAGACGACGUGACCUACGUCAUUUCAGACUCUUUUUCUCUCUCCCUCUCUCUUUUACUAUGGGCGUAUAGUUUAUGGAAAAUAUGCUACGUGCUUUUUUGCACAAAUUUCUGCAUUAGGAUGCGAAUGCAUUGAAUAAAGCAAACACAGCGAUUGCUGUCAAAGCCUAAAACGUGACAAUUUUACCAGAAAAACAACCCAAAUAAAAUAGAUUCGAUUUUUUUCCCCAAACCAAAAAAAAAAGAACACACACAUGAUAUAGUAAAAUACUACGACUUUAAUGAAAUUUGCACAGUCCAAUAACCCAACACAAAACCGAUUUACAUAAUCGUCGCUUGAACGAAUUGUUGGAAAUCUUUGUCAAUGAACUUGAGGUCGAAAAUUCUGGGAAAAUGGAAAAUGCUGACCGAAGUUCCGCCUUGGCAAUCGAACAAGAAGAAUUGACAAUUACAUUAUAUAAAAGAUUUAUACGAUAAUUCUGAUUCAACUACGAAUAUAUAAAAGUGCAAGAUUUUAAAAUUUUUACUGAAGUGCCAAAGUAAACCAUCAAUUUGAAUAUUUGUUUGUCUCAAUUAAUUGUGCAUUACUUUUUUUCUGAGUGCCGCAUUUAGACAGACAAAAUUCAAUUUUGGUUUAGGCUUCUUCGUCUUCUUCUCCAAAGCAACUCUCGAAUUAUUUCUGUUCUUGUCGGAUACUAAAGCAUUUCCUAGCAUCUCACUUGUGUCAUUACCUUCUGGCAUUGACUGAAGAUCUAGGUUUGAGAUUAAUCCCAAUAGUCCAGCAUAUUGUUCAUUGUGUUGGGCAAUUGUCGUAUUUCGACGUUCCAGCUUCGCCUUCAAUACUUCCACAUCCUUCUUCAACUUGUCCACUUGUCGAGCCCGAACCGUGAUGCAGCUCAUCUCUUCUCGCACCUUUUGAAGCUUCGACUCGAGGAUACUGGCACUUGACUUGACAUCUCCCAUUUGCUGUUUGUAUUUGAGACGCGUCUGCUUGAUCUGCUCCUCCAGAUAGGCGAUGUACAAAUCCUUUUCGGCAGCCUUAUCAUCGCCGUCGAGACGAAAUCUCUUGCAGCAAUCGCCACCAGCACAAAGCUUGAGAUGAUUUCUAUGCUUCCUGCAGAUCUCAUCCCGAUCAAAGCGAAUCUUCGCCAACUCCUGACGCAACGUAUUCACCUCGAGCUCCAAUCGCGCUACUUUAUUCAUCAUUCGAAUCUAGCUAAUCACAGAUUUCCAAAUUUUGAAUCCACUUCUUGGCAAUUUUGUUUGAACACGAAAUAAUAACUUGAGAAAACUUACGAAAUUUUAUAUCACCAAGUC